AUGGUUUACGGUUUGGGAUCUAAUUAUUGGGGAUCACUUGGUUUGGGACACAAUGAUGUCGUCAAUUCAUCACAAAUUAUAGGGGAAUUGUGUCACAAGAAUAUCACACAAUUCUUCAAUGGAAACGACUUUGUGUUAGCACUCACUCAACAUAAUUGUAUCUAUGGUUGGAGUCGUAAAGGAAAGGGACAGUUAGGAAUCGCACCCAAGAAUACAGAUGCUUUAUACUUAGAACCUGGACUUUUUGAUCCGAAAUAUAUCGAUAAUAAGACUAUUAACCAAAUAAGUUGUGGUUAUUUACACACAAUGAUUCUCACGAGUGAUGGCUGUGUCUAUGGAUGGGGUUAUAAUAUGUUCGGACAGUUAGGUUGUGGACCAGACAGUGAUAUACGAAAAGGGGACACAUUUCGAGUAAAUUUCAAUCCUAAUCACGAAAUUAAAGGCAUUUAUUGUUGUAAUUACUCUUCAUUUGCCAUCACAUCUGAGGGACAGGUGUUUAGUUGGGGUCGAAAUGAUUUCUAUGAUUUAGGACACAAUUCAUCGGAUAAUAUAUGGGAACCACAACUCAUUGAAGCGAUGACUGGUAUUGUGACUAUCUGUUCCGGUGGUCGCAUUACAUACUUCUUAUCAAACGAUGGAUUCAUUCAUUUUUGCGGUGAAUAUAGGAAUGAAAACAACGAACUUGUUUCCGAAGCGAAUGAAUACAACCGUUUGUUCGAAGAGUUGUAUCGAUUAGGUUCGGGAGCUUUUGGGGAAAUGCUGACCAAUUACGGGAAUGUAUGCGAGAAAUGCAAAAUUUGAUAAAAGUUAGGUCAGAAUAUUGUGUCCAAUAUAUAAGUCAAUGGAAUGAAAACGAUGUGUAUUACAUUCAAAUGGAGUUGUGUUCCCAUAGUCUGCAGAACAUUCUUCAACACAAACCACAAGUAUUUGGUCGACAACCGGAAGAACCC